AUGGUCAAAUUCGACUACGAUGAAUUCGUAAAGCAUUUUCUGAAUGAGAUUCUGAACCGAUCCAAGGGCCGUGGAUUUGAGAUCGAGGUGCGAAUUGGAACAAUUCAGUCGACUGUGACCAGAAACAGAAUGUUUCUCAGGACGAUGCAUCCCGUAGUCUUCGCUGAGCUGCCACCAGGCGUGAAAUUCAACACGGACGUGGGCGAGGCGUGGCACAGCCGCGUCAGGCGCGAGAUGGCUGCGGCCGUGACGGCUGAAACCAGAGACGUCGUCUACGUUGGGUCUCAUUGCAGGAAGAUCGUAGGAGAAGGAAAGGCUGUUUACGAGAGGAAGUUGAAGAGGGAGUCAAUUGUGGUAUUCAUGCCCAGGCACAAAUACGACAUGAAGGUGUCUGUUGCGAUAGAGAAGCAGAUUGGGGAGCCAGGGGCGUUCAGGCCGAGCUACGUGCGAGAGAGGCAGAGGACGAGUCUGCAAAGGGAGCGAUGCGUGAUCGAUUUGACGAAGGUGGCUGCUCACAGGGCGGAUUCACAGGGUGGAUCGGAAGAAGGAAGAGUCGAAUACGAAAUGGAGGUGGAGAUCACGGACGAAUCAAUCACGGUGGACGAGUUGUACGAAACAGCAGAAAGGUUGAUGAGGUUGAAGUAG